AUCCUUCUGCUAAAGAUGGCUCAGAAAUGGGCAGUCCUGGCUGUGCUCCUUUUCUUGCCAAUCAAUCUGGUUGAAGCUUCCAACAUGGUGAGUGUGGAGGCUGGUCACGAGGCUGUGCUGAGCUGCCCUUACACCUUCAAGGAGCCUUUGGUGAUGGUGACAUGGAAGAAGAAAUGCAGCAGUUGCUGUGUGUUGGCCUACAGAAGUGAUUACAAUGAGACAGGGAAGAUAAACUGCAGCGAGAGGAUCAUGUGGAAAUAUCCACCUGACAGUGACCCCGCCCUUCGUAUUUACCCCGUGUACCUCGGUGAUGAGGGAAAUUACAGCUGUGAAAUUAUCAACAGUGAAGGGAAUUUUUAUUUUUCCUCUUCUCUGACUGUGAUAGUCCCUCCUAGAGCGACUCUGAGCUAUGACGAGGGCAGGGGGGCUGUCUGUCAGGCAUCUGGGGGAAAGCCAGCUGCUGACAUCUCCUGGAUCCCUGCAAGUAAUCCCAGCACUGAGGAAGAAAUCCAUCACCCCGAUGGAACAGUGACCAGGGUGAGCUACACAGGCUGGGGCAACAGCACCCAACCCACUGCCACCUGCCUGGUUACCCACCCAGCCACAAACCAGACUCUGUCCAUAGACCUGACAAAUGCUUCCCCCAGCCUUCCCUAUCUCCUGAUAGGGGGAUCUGCCAGUGUUGCUGCUGUCACUGGUGUGACUUUGUGCUUGAUUUGUGGGUGCAGAGCUUUCCGGUCACGUCAGUUGGCACAGGGGCCAGCAGAACCAUCUGCAACUAGGAACUCCAAGUCUACACCCUCACAUGUCUUAGCAGACACUCUCUACGAGAAUUACAUCCCAGGAUCUAUAUAUAUGAACCUAUAACAGUGCAGGCACAAGUAGUCUGAUACCAGCUCAGCUACUAAUGAGACUCAGUUACCUGAAAUACCGCAACUAAUAAACUUCAGACCUUACCUACAAAGGAAAGCCUUUGUCUUUCCUGAUGGUGAGGGAGGAAAAACCACUUUAGCACAUUAUUUUUCUCAAUAUAUCGGUACAGGUCUUGAAACAGAUGAAACUUUUAAAGACUGACGUGGGAAAACACCUACCUGAAUUUUGUUUGAAAAUGGACUCCGAGGUAGGUGUGGCCUUUCCUCAAAACAAUAACUGGUGUAUUUCUGUGCCAGAGAAACAGACUGCUGGUGAAAAUAUAGCACUUCUUAUCCAUUUUAGCAACUGGAUUGUCUUUGCCAUUUUGUGUUGGAAACCAGAAAGUGA